CCAGCAAGUUGUAUGAGAAAAAGAAAAAUAAAAACCCCAUCCGAUAUAACGACGGGAAGCCUUACUCGUAAUUCAUUGAGCUGAGUAUAUUCAAAGCAUUUUCAUCCUAAGCAUUUCCUUUUUCUUUCAUAUGGCGUCUAACUCUCCAGCUCUUCCAACGUUUCCAACUUUCUUACGAUUAAACUUGACCCUACCAAUUACCCUCUCUGGCAAGCCCAGAUGCUUCCCUUGCUUCGUAGCAGGAAUCUCGUCUCCUUUGUUGAUGGCACUAGCAAAUGUCCUCCUGCCUUUCUCAAAGAUGAUGAGGGCAAACUUACUCUGAAUCCGGAGUUUAAAGCAUGGGUUCAACAAGAUAUUAUGGUCAUGUCCUGGAUCAAGAGCUCUGUUCAUCCCACUGUGUUGGCUGCCCUAAUCGGGAAAACCAGUUCUCAUUCUGCAUGGACCUGUCUGCGCGAACGCUAUGAUUUGCAGCCCACUGCUCAGGGUCGUGAUGAAGCCAUAUCUCACAGUGCUUCAGAGGCCCUUCUGCUCACUGAUGAGCUGAAACAAAGGAUGCAUACUGUCUUCCCUUCUGAUACUAGACCCACUGCUCCCGCUGCUGCUCGUGGCGGUCGUCCUGGUACCUUCCGUGGUCGUGGCAAAGGCUAUAGAGGCAUAAGUGCUAGUUCUGGAAUGGCUCACAUUCCACCACACAAGUGGCACUCGAAGGAAUCGGAGAGGCCAUUGCUGACUUCAGAGCUGCGUGCUCAACGAUUCAAGCCAUAUAACAAGUAUAAUGUGGAUCCGACUGGAAGAAUAGCUCAUGCAGACCAUUCUACAUAUAGAUGGUGCGCCGUUGCUUUGGGUGAGGAGAACCAAUUUCCGCCUUCUGUUAAUCUUAAGCCCAUUUGCUUGGAUUCCACUGAGCCGAAAGUUGAAGAAAAUCGUCUAGCUUUAAUCAACACUAGUCUAGAUGAUGAAGGCGGUGAGUUGAAAUGGAAUUCGCCAAGGAGCCCUGGGGUAUCUAUAGCAGAAAAUGUGCUGGAAGACUUGGUUUCUUCUUUUAAACACAUGAGGAAUGAAAUGAAGUGCGCGCAGCUCAAAGAAGGAAGGCCUACUUUGCUUGCUAGAGUGGGGAAAGUACUUUUUCUUAGGAGCCGUUUAGUUAACAUGGAAGCCAUCAGAACAAAUUUGUGUACUGAAAUCUUGAAACAAUGGAGACGAUUAUUGUACACAAACAUUCCAGUUUCAUAUAAGGAAAGGAUUGUGAACGAAGUUGUCCCGAAAAUUGGAGUUGAUUUCGAAGGGGAGAAAGAUUCAUACCAAGUAAAGUUGUUUGAUUCCACCAGAUCAGAUGCAACUCUCUCCUGCAAAUGCCGUGUAACGAAAGAACAUGGAAAGCUACAACUCUACAAGAUUGAACUGAAUCAACUGCGUAACAUGGUCGUGGACAUUUCAUGCACUACCAAAGAUCUGGACCUGAGACUGAUGCUAUGCACGAAGAGACUCGUCACCGAUCUGACUGACGAUGAGAUGCAAAGCAUUCGGAAUCUGAUUGAUUCGGCGAUUCUAGAUCCAGAUGUGAACGGCGGGUUGAGAUGGCCUUCGGGAAAGGAUUCUUCCGGAAAAUACAAAGUUGAUGGGGUUUGGCACUUAAUAGCUAAUACGUAUAAAAAUUCAUCGUUCAGACUGAAAGUCAGACAUGCGGAUCGAUUUGAUUUUAGAACCCUAACUGGGGGAACUACGUGGGAGACAAUUCUGAUGUUGAAAAGGGUCGUGUCAAAGUUACAGGAAGAGAAUGCCGAAGCCAGCUCGGUUUCUGAGAUACUGAAUGAAGACAUGCAGCUGAUAUGGGACAACUUCUUGAGCUGUGAAGGAUUCCUGACGUGAAACUGCAUGUUGUAAAUCUGUGAUUUGCUUUGAUUUAUUAGGUGUUUGUGAUAUCAGGAUGUUAAACUUUUGUAGUCCUAGUUAAGUGCUUAUUGGGAGACUGAUUUGCUUUGCUUAAUUAGGUGUUUGUGAUAUGAGGAUAACUUUUGCUUCCGUA